AUGAUCAUGCAGGGCGAAGGAGGUCAAAAUAAGGAGUAUGCACAACGUAUCAUUGGAACGGCAGAGGUGGCGAGGGAGAUGCGGGAGGGAGGAGACGCUGAUCUUAACGCCACGAAUGUGGUUCUUAGCGAGACACCUCACGAUGCCCCGCGAGGGAAGUGGCAACGGAUGGACAGGGGGCUUAAGUUGACACCCGUUGCGCCAGUGUCGCCACAAGUCAGUCCCCAGAUGGGGCAGUGCAGGGAGGAACACCGCCGGCUAGUAAAUGAGGAUUUUGUUACAGAUCCGAUUCGUAAGCUUAUACUCUACGGCAACUUCCCGCACAAGUUGGUUGUGAACUGCCUCAUGCUUCUAUUUAUUGUUUUGCUUGCUGUCCUGUGCCACACGCCAGAGGCGAUCGCCAAUGAGGAGCAGCGCAAGGCCGUGCUUCACUCGUUUGCAGGAGAGAACUAUCUUGGGAAGGACAAUGGUAAUGUCAAAUUUCGUCCCACGGUUUAUCUGCAGAAACGCGAGGACGUUUUAAACGAGAUUGAGGGGUUUGUCAAGGUCUACUAUGCCCUUUCAAACGCCUCCGUGAGUGAGUUGAACUAUUACUACUAUACAAAAUCCGAGGGCAAGGCAGCGCAUAUGGGGCAGUUGAUAGGGAGUGAGAUGACAGGAGUUCCUGCCUGCCUUCACGCCAUGGUGGACGGAGCGGCGUCUGGCCCCGACGAUGCAGCGGGUGCGGUGCGACUUGCUUGUGUGGUGCCAGUGUCAAUGGAGGUGGAUGCUUACCUUUACUCGCAGCGGGAGUACGGAGGCCCCGCUACACUGCGACACUUUACGGCUGAGCUGACAGAAGAAAAUCCAUUGGGGCCCUUUUCCGCGGACAAGGAUGAGAAUGCGGAGGGAGACAUGAAACAAGAAAAAUAUAGUGAAUAUGAGGGAAGAGGCGUAAACCCCUCUGCAACAAAAUCGCCUGGUGAGGGUGAUCCUCAUACUGCUGGAACGAAGAAGGACGGCCACGUGCAGGCGAUGUGUGCCCCUCGGUAUGAUGAUAUCACUGGUCUGUACUACAGCCCCUGCCGUCGAGCACUGGACGCGAAUGCAAAGAAGCCCACUCAUGGCACGGGAGACAGCAAUGCACGAUUUAUAUUUCCAUUGUUGGACAACGUCAGACAAAUUCGACUAAAGGCCUCAAUGCGGCAUUUGACAGGUACCUCAUUAACUCCUCAAGAGACAGUCAGUGGCUUUGCAGUCGUUAUCUAUCACUGGACGAUUGAAAAGAUCUUCUCCUUUCAUGCUGGUGGUCUGGUGGAGGUGGAGUUUGUGGUGUCCGUUGUCACGAAACGCUUUCAUCCGGGCUUAUAUUCACGAUUUUUCUUCACCGCCAUGCUGCUGUUCCUUGCUGUAUUUGACAUCAUUUUACGGUUACAUGCACUGCGGCGGAUAAAACUUCACCGGCGAAGCCUUGCGGUGUCGCAGGAUGUCUCACAGGAGGGCGAGGAUUUGGACUCCGUUUGCCACCAAAAAGGUAUGGACGCUGUCACGCAUGCCGGAGGGAAUGUGGCGGCCCCCGAUGCAUCACCUCAGACAGAGUGCAACGCCACUGCGACUCGUACGACGCCGAAUGCCUCACCACAGUUCCCACAGCCACAAAAGGCGAAGUUGAGGCAGGUAAAAUACGUCCCAAAGGCCGGCUCCUUGGUGCCGGAGACUGUGUACACUGACUUCUACGAUGCCUGGCGUGAACAACUGCAAAGCUCAAGAGGGGAAUCUUGGCAUUAUACUGCGCUUGCUGCCGAUUUCUUUACACUGGCGUACUGUAUCACAUCGUCAGCGCGACUGUGGUGUCGCGCAACUUCAGAGUGGCAUAACACACUUGAAAGUAUUGUGUUGGGCCUGACGGGUUUGCUUCUUUCCGUGAGUUUUCUGUCGUAUAUUCGGUACUUCCCGCAUAUGUACUUUGCGGUGCAAGCGAUGCGGCGCGUGAUUCCGAAGCUCCUCCUUUUUGCAGCGAGUGUGGCACCCAUCUUUGUUGGGUUUUCCCUUUUCUUUUGCAUUGUCUUUGGGCCUCACUCGAAUGGGAAAUUAUCUGACAUGGGGUUCUCUCUCGUGGUGCUUUACUUUGUGAUGUUUGGUGACGCCAUACUUCCCACCAUUGAGGACGCGGAGCAGUCGGUGUACCCCAUUGUGACGGUUCUUGCGAAUUUCAUGACGAUGAUGUUUAUUCUCUUCUUUAUGAUGACGGUGCUGAACCUGGCCAUGUCCAUCACGCAGCAUGAGUGGGGGAUGCUGCGACGACGGUUUGGGGCAUGCCUAAGCGCCAAUAAUCUUCUAUUUGAAGUUCGUACCCGCGAUGAGGUGAAGGCGGAAACGCUGGAGGUGGUUAUUGCCAACAUGGAACUUUUGCUACACAUAAAGAGCGAAGAACAACAAACUGCGGGUGCAGCACACGAACGCCAUGCAGGAAACGUUAGUAGCGCCAGUGGUGAUGGCAGUGAUGCCGUGGGGUGUGUAGCAACCACUUCACGCGCUAUGCAGGAAGGUGUAGCUGACUUGUAUCGACGACGCCUUGAUGAGCUUACGGAGGGAGCACUAACUGGGGCUGCGUGA